AGAGUGGUGUGGUGCAAGAGCAAACUGUGAACUGGGAGAUAGCAUUGCUGCUCUUAGAUACAGCUAUAAGUUUCUGCAGUUCCAGCAGUUCCUGCAAUUCCAGCAGUUACUGCAAUUCUAGCAUUUCCUGAAAAUCCAGCAUUUCCUGAAAUUCCAGCAGUUCCUGCAAGUUCCAGCAGAUCCUGCACUCAGAGCAGCAUGGACUUACCUGGUUUCCAAUGCUCUGUACACCCUAAUCCGUACUUCUGAACCGAAAGUGAAAAUGCAGUUUUGGAAAAUGCGGUUUCUUGUGCCAUGGUUGCUUACAGAGGGUGGAGCCAGUGAAAUGGCUUUUUUUUUUUUUUUUCUGAGAUCCCAUUGACUUUGCAUUUUCUGUGGAAGAGGAGCUGAAUGAAUUGGGAUCUGGCGAGGCUGCACAGGCACUUGGAGAAGGGAAGAGGCAUGAAGGCUUCCUUGGACACAAAGAGCUUCUGAGGGAGAAGAGGAGGAGCCUGCCCUGACACUGUGGAGGAUCUGGGAGAGGGCCCCCAGGCAGCCCCAUGGACUCUCCUCACCUCCUGCUCUUGGGUUUCCUGCUGCUGGCUCUUGCUGCUCCCCAUCCAAGUAUUGCCGUGUCCAAUGCUGGCCCUGCUAAGGGGACACAAGGCAGCACAAUUAUGACAGUCCACUACUGUAAGCACUGUAAAGGAUGCACGGACGAAGAUGGGAGUAUCAAUUUAGAAAACUUCAGCAUAAUCGCUGAAAUGCCAAAGAAGACAAAUACUAUUCCAGCAGUUGAGUUGGUGACCAACAAAUCACACAUCACGGUUUGCUUUCAGCAAGCAAGUUCCUCUCUUGAAGGAAUUUAUGGCAUCUGGGACAAAACUGCUCCAUUAAAACUCUGGUGCGGCAUCCUGAAUUCUGGAGAAAAUGGAGGAGGUAACUUCAGUACUGAGGACAAGAAAGUUUGCUGUGAAGCAGAGGCAAUUGCCUGGCAACACAACCCUAACCUGAAGUGCUACGUUCAGAAAUCACAUCCAAAACACACUGCACUGCCAAUUGCCCUUCCUGGUAAUCCUGAAUUUCUCACCAGCAAAAAGAACAGCCUUGGCACCUGGUUGACAUUCCUGUUUCUUGGGAUUUGUGCAGGAUGCGGCGCCACGUUUUAUUUCUCGCGGCUGCGGCGUCGCCAAGCUUCUAGGCAAGAGAGACAGGCUUCUGACAGAGAAAAGCUCACACAUCCUCGAUAACCACCUACAAGGGAGAAAACCCCUCUGCCAGCAGCAUACUUCUCCUUACUCAUGAUGUACAGCAACCAGCUCAACACAGACUGAUUUUCCAUGGGAACUCCUGCCCUUGUAUUCCCAAAUAGUCCUGUUUUCACAAAAGUACCUUCACCACAUCCACACCUUCUCCUGACUCUUGUCCAGCUCCAGGCCUGUGUGAGCAGCACAGGCAGCACCAGGAGCCCCCAUCCUCUCCUUGGCUUGGCUGCAGACAGCAGGCACCCCAGGGUGUGUGACUGACUCAGCAGCACUGAAACCAGCUGAAUUCUCUCUGUGACACAGUGGGAACAGCUCUGAAAUGCUUCCCAUGCCCUCUGCAUGGCUUUCACUUGGUAAUGCCACAGCAGCACCCAGGUGUCUGUAUUGUUUGAAUUUUCAGGUCAUCUCUGCAUCCACCAAAGCCUUUUGCACCACAAGCUGGCUGGUAGGUUGAACUGGAAGAGUUUGGAAGAGAUAUUUGAUUUUGCCCUCGCCUCAGGCUGAGGACAUCUCUGAGUGUUUGUUCCAGUGCAGGGCUGGGUUGGAGGCUGUGUCCAGCUCCCUCAGGAAUAGCAUUGGGUCACAGAGGCCUUGUUCACCCCAAGCUGAGCAGAACUCUAGUAUCAAUCCUCCUGACAAAUGAGGCAAGUUUAGACAGUGUGAGAUGAGUACAGCCCCUCAGGAAUCCCACUGGGCACUUGGUAUCCUUAAAUCAUUCCCCAUUCCCACCUGAUUUGAAUAAAUCCUCAGCUUUUGCAUUGGUUCUAAUUUACUGUCAGGACUGUUGAGCAAAAAUCAGUGGCAGCACAAGGGGAGAAGCAAAUCCCUAAAGCAAUGUGAAUGCUUGUUGAAUCACUGUUCUUUUGUCACACAGCUAAACACAAGCACACACACAGUUCUUGCUUCAUUUCUGCUUUGAUUGGCUGGAUUUUGUUUGUUGCUUGUUUUUUCCUCAAUGUGUCUUAACCAUCCAGUCAGCAGCAGAGUGAACCUUGCCAACAAACUAUCUUGUGUUGGUGCUCAAUAUCAAAUUUGCAUUUUACUGAUCCCUUUGGUGGUAAUGUUUUGAGAUCUCCAACACUUUGAACAGGCAUUUCCCAUUUGAUUUGAUCCCUCUGUUCCUUCCUAUCCAUUGUAAAAAUGCUUCUUGCUCAGUUUCUUUGGUUAUUGGGGUCAUUGGAAAUCUCUGAGGAUGUCAUUAUACAUUUGUAUACCUUUGUUUCUCACUGUAGACUGGACUUAUACCUUCUGCAAUCCUCUUUCAGAGAAUCUGUAUUAUCCAGUUUGUUGAUGUUAUUAAUGCUUUUUCCUUGAUGUUAUUAAAUG